AAUGCUUCUGCAGUGUCUCACUGAUUACAAAUUACAACUGGAGUAAUUUUUCCUGGUGAAUUUCCUAAUUUUUAUCGUAAAUCCCUCGUAUUUUUAUACCUUGUGAAAUUUUAACCGGUGUUUUUGUGGACAAAUUUUCCAUCGGACAAAAUGGUCGACUACAGUAAAUGGAAAGAUAUUGAGAUCUCAGAUGAUGAAGAUGAAACUCACCCAAACAUUGACACUCCUUCACUGUUCCGCUGGCGGCAUCAAGCAAGAGUUGAAAGAAUGGAAGAGCAAGAAAGAGAAAAAAGAGACUUCGAUCGAAACAAGACUGAAAAUCGCAAGAAGAUUGAAGAAACGCAAAAAAAGUUGAAAGAGGCGGAACUUGCAGGAGGAGAUCUUAGUGAACUGCAAAAAGCAUUGGCUGAAUUGGAGAAAGAAGCUAACAAAAUAAAACAAAAAGAAGAUGACUUGAAGAAAAAAGAAAAGCUUACACCUUGGAAUGUUGAUACAAUUAGCAAACCUGGAUUCACUAAGACAGUUGUCAACACAAACCUACCUCGCAAGAAUGAAGAGCUAACAGAAGAAGAAAAAGAAGAGCGCAUGAAAGAAUUCAUCAACCAGAAUGAGAAAUUAGUGAAACAAUUUGGCAUGCUCCGUAAAUACGAUGACAGUAAAAGGUUUCUGCAACAGCAUCCACAGCUAGCAUGCGAAGAGACAGCUAACUAUUUAGUCAUUUGGUGCAUCAAUUUAGAAAUGGAAGAGAAACAUGACCUAAUGACGCAUGUUGCUCACCAGUGUAUAACAAUGCAGUACAUUCUUGAUAUCUCCAAGCAGCUGGAUGUCGAUCCAAGAGCCUGCGUUCCAUCAUUCUACACAAAAAUUCAAGUUGCUGAAACUGAGUACAAAGACUCAUUUAAUGAUGAUCUCAAAAGCUUUAUCGGGAGGAUAGAAAAGCGAGCACAAGAGAAACUUGAGGCAGCUAUUAAAGAGGUAGAAGAAGAGGAAAGGAAGGAACGACUUGGUCCUGGUGGCCUUGAUCCACUGGAAGUACUUGAAUCUCUGCCUAAGGAACUACGAGAUUGCUUCGAUAAGCAAGACAUUCCUUUACUCCAAGAGACAAUUGCCAAAAUGCCCCAAGAAGAAGCAGUCUACCACAUGAAAAGAUGUGUUGAUUCUGGUUUAUGGAUUCCUGAUGGAGGCAAAAAGUCAGAAGAUGGCAACGAUGAUACAGUCGCUGAAGAAGCAACCACAACUUCCACCGUGGAUUAGAGUUGAAUGAAUGCCAAUUUAUUUCCCUGAGUGUGCUCAUCGUCCAGUGGAGUAGACAGACCCCUCCAAAAUUCUACCAUUGAUUUGAAAAGAGAGAGCAGAUUGACUGUAAAGGAAAGUUUUUUUUUUUAAAGUUGCAAUCCAUUUAGAAGCUUGAAUCAAUGUAAUAACUAGAUUUAUGCAUGUCAAAGCGGUUUACAAAGGGCAUUUGAAAAUUUAGUAUGUAUCUUUUCUUUUCUCCGAAACUAAAAUUGAUAAAUGCAGUCGGUAAAUGAUGCCUUUACUUCCCAAAAUUCGCUUUUGAAAUUUGAUGGUCUGAUUUGCAAGUAGGAUUAUUUUUUCAGCAUUCGCCUCUCCCUUCUACAUGUCCAAAAUCUGCAUGCAUGGCUGUGCUUGUUUUUCUUUCUAGUUUCUUGUAAUUCUUUGCCCAUGGCAAUAUCAUGGACCACGGAAGUUUCUUUUUAACUGAAGAAGAGGAUGGAAAUCACUUGUCUGAAGAAUUUGGAGGAUGAGAAGAGGAGGUCCUGCUUAAAGGAAGUUACCAAGUCUCAAGUCAUAUCAUGUUAGCCACACUGCCGUGUGAAGGAAAAACGCCGUAUGAACAUCCGGGUGUUAAAUUUCCUCCCAGAAUAUAUUCAUUUUUUAAGAAAGAAUAUUUUUCCUUUGAAAUUUUCAAACACUUUAGAUCAAAUCAAGAAAAGAAUUCUCUGAAUAAUCCAAAGAGAACAUUUACAAAUUUUCCCGUAAAUUCGUGACAGCGCUUGAAGGUUCAUACGGCGUUUUCCCUGGGCACAGCAGCAUACUAGGCUUAGCAUAGUCUUGCAGCGUUGCAGUAGCAAGAGGUGGGUGCUGCAAAAAUUAUCCCACUCAGACACUAAUGCAUUGCAUUCAAUUAAAGGGCUAUGUGGAAAGUAGAGAGUGAUACGGGAAAGAUGUUUUUCAGCGAUUAGAUUUAUCCUCAUUACUUCUUAAGAAAAAAAAGACUUAUACUUGACGAAUGUAUUGUCAGAACAAACCAGAGUUUCUUGUUUCGAAUAUUUUCGUUUGUAAACUCCAAUCCUUUAACCUGUAAUUUUUUAAUUUUUUUUUAAACUUAGAAACAAGGAUAUUUUUGUUCUUUUC